AUGCCUCACGAUCUGUCCUUUCUCGAUCAGCUCGAGGAAUGGCUCGAAGCUCAAGUACCGCGCAACAUGCACGAUUUCCCUAUGAGGAUGCUGGAGACGAUGGAGAGGAUGAGCAAUGAGCUAAUGGAGACGCUCAAUAUUCACGUCCCACCCUCCAUCUCGAUCCCUUUCCCACCCUUUAACGCUAAAGAGAUUCCAGUGAUCAAAGCCUGUUGUCAUCGACCUCCACCUCCGACACUGUACCAUCGUGCGAGCAGACUCGUUAAGGCUCAUCCAUAUGUCGUCGGAGGUGGCGCAGCCCUCAUCAUGACUGUGGGUUUGGGCGUCGGUCGAAUGAUCAUCCGACGUAACGUGAAGCGAUUCGGGACUCGAGGAGUGGUUCAAGAUGGCAUGUUGAAAGAGACCAUUGUGAUCUUGUCACCAUCGCCUAUGCCACCCAUGCUUUGGCCUUUGGCUAUUUCUCUCCUCAAGGCGGGAUACAUCGUUCUGAUUGCCGUGCCGCACAUCGAUGACGCCGAGCAGCUGGAGAAGCGCCUCGCACCGCUCGAAGAGAAGUCUGGCCUUAGGGUCCUCAUCUACGACCCCGAAGACUCAUCUACGUUCCCACCCUUCCACCGAUCGCUCCAGGCCACAUUGACGCUGCGCUUCCCUGCCCCCAACGCUCAGUCGUCCGGCGAUCCUUAUAAUCCAAAGCCAACGCAUGUCCCUCACAUCCACGCUUUCGUGUCAUUAUAUCCUCUUCACCCAGCACCUCCCAGUCAGCCUGGUGCUCUUCCGGCCCUCCCUACCCUGCUCUCGCCUACAGGGGUCGGCAAACCUCCAAUGCUAGUCACGCUUUACCCGUCCGGUUCCGUCGUCGUUCAACCUGACUUAUUCGCCAGUCAGGUCUUGACGUCGACCCAUCGUCUGCUCAGCAGCAACCUCGCUGCGUCUAGCUCAUCGAGGAUCAUCUCGGUUUUUCUCGGACAUCUGGACUUGCCACCUCUUCAUCAGAUGCUGACGAAUGCCAAGUUGAUGAUAUACCGAUUCACUCUCAAGGACAAGUGGCAGCACGCUUCGGGUCUCGGCAAGGUUGCUGUGAUCAAGGACGCCGCCGUUCAGGUCUUAAGCAACGUCUAUACAUUCGUCACGGGACGUCUCGGUAUUGGGGCAGCGGCGAGAGAUUACGCUCUGUUUGAGCAGCGAUUCUUACGACUGCUCAAAUCUCGACAUGGAAACCACUGGACCUUCGGACAAUACCCCUUUCUACCCUUCGCUCUCGCAAAAUUGCCGCCGCCCAUCCUACCUCGAGUUCUCGGUAUUAUGCCAGUGCUGCCCGGACCGACUGGACCCAUG